AUGUCUGACGAUAACCUCCAGGUUGAAUUUGUUAGAAGACCUGGUUUAGGAAGGGAGGGACGAGCAACAAGAGUCCGUGCAAAUUUCUUUGCGGUAGAAUCUUUCACGGACGCAAGUAUUAUACACUAUGACGUUAUCAUAACACCGGACGUUCCUCCUGCCUUGAAUAAAAGGGUCUUCCAGCUUUUCGAAGAAAUGAAUCUUGCGGAUGCUCUUGGAGGUGUAAAGCCUAUUUAUGACGGGAGAAAAAAUAUGUUCGUCCCGAAGGUUCCGCCCUUUGGUGGUGCUGGUACAUUCGAUGUAGAUAUCGUUACGUUACCCGAGGAAGGUCCGGUAACUGUAAAACGUCAGCCUCGCGUGUUUAAGGUCAAAUUACGAAAUACUGGAGAUAUAAAAAUGGACGAACUACAUCAAUUUCUUAAUGGAAGGGGUCCCUUAACAAAUAGCUGUUUAACCGGUAUUAUGGCCCUUGACGUUCUCGUCCGUUAUUCUCCGUCUUUAAAAUAUACAACAGUAGGUAGAUCUUUCUACACGAAAGAUGGGGCUAGACCUCUAUUUGGAGGUGCCGAAGUCUGGCAAGGAUAUUAUCAGUCGGCUCGCCCGACUAAGGGUCGGAUGAUGAUCAACAUUGAUCUGAGCGCUACUGCCUUCUUCGAAGGUGGACCGUUGAUACAAUUGAUCGUAAAAAUUCUGGGUCGUAGGUCCCCUGAUGAUUUUAGACGAGGCUUAAUCGAUAAAGACAGGCAGAAAGUGGAGAGAACGAUAAAGGGUCUAAAGAUUAGGGUGAUCCAUCGUGGCGAUAUUAAAAGAAAGUAUAAGAUCGAGAAGAUCACACCUACUUCUGCAUCAACUACCAGAUUUGACGCAAAUGGUACCGAAAUGGAUGUAGCUACGUAUUUUUAUGAAACGUAUCAUAAAAGGUUAAAUUUCCCACAUCUUCCUUGCAUUGUCGUAAGAAGAGGUGUGUGUCUUCCAAUGGAGGUUUGUGAAGUGGUGGAGGGACAGCGUCAUGUUAGAAAACUUAAUGAAAAACAGGUCGCGGACAUGAUAAAAUUUACUUGUCAACCUCCGAAUUCCCGUGCCAAUAAAAUUCGAACAGGAUUAGAUAUCCUCGAUUACCGCGGUAACGAGUAUUUGCAGCAAUUCGGGAUGAGGAUUUCUAAUGACAUGGCAGUGGUGCAAGCGCGUAUACUUCCCACGCCAACUAUUCAGUACCACCCGUCCUGCCGUGACCAUGAUUUCAAGCCACGUGAGGGUGCUUGGAAUCUAAGAGAUAAAAAAGUAGCAACUGGCGCUACCCUUGGUUCUUGGUCAGUAUUGGCCUUUGGAAGUGAACGAGAUCUUCCAUUGCAAGCAAUUCAGGCGUUUGUGAGAGAAUUGGUUAAUACGUGUCAAGACACAGGAAUGAAUAUUCCAAAUAAAACUCCUCCAAUAAUGCACGCUAAUCCCUUGGGAAAUAUCGAAGAGAGCCUUAAGCAAUCCUGGCUGAAAGCCGGAAAUACGGCUAAAGCGCAACCCCAGUUAAUUCUUUGCAUAUUACCUAAUACUGGUGUUCCGUUAUACGCCGAGAUCAAGAGGGUUAGCGAUACGGUAAUCGGAGUUGCAUCACAGUGUGUACAAAUGCGACACAUGAUGCAGGCGAAGAAACAGUAUUGCGCGAACGUUUGUUUAAAAAUGAAUGUUAAAUUAGGGGGAAUGAAUUCGUUUUUGAAUCCAACCCAGAUACCAUUUAUUACCGAGAGGCCGACGAUUUUGAUGGGUGCCGAUGUUACGCACCCUGCUCCUGGCGAUACUGAACGCCCUUCAAUCGCGGCUCUCUGUGCAUCCAUGGAUGCUAAGGCAUCAAGAUAUGCUGCAUCAAUUCGAGUCCAGGCUGGCAGGACUGAAAUUAUCGCUGAUUUGGCGAAUAUGGUAAAAGAGUUAUUAAAGACCUUUUACCAAACGUGUGGCAGAAAACCAGAUCGUGUUUUGUUUUAUCGUGACGGUGUCUCAGAAGGUCAAUUCGGAGCGGUUCUUAAAGAGGAGAUUAAUGCAGUGAGAGCUGCGUGUUUGGCUCUGGACGUCACGUAUAAGCCUUCAAUUACAUUUGUUGUCGUGCAAAAAAGACAUCAUACGCGAUUUUUUCCGUUAGAAAAGAAUGAUACGGAUCGGUCAGGCAACUGUCUUCCUGGUACAGUUGUUGAAUCCGAGAUAACUCAUCCGUUCGAAUUCGAUUUUUACCUACAAAGUCAUGCUGGAUUGCAAGGCACUUCAAGGCCUACGCAUUAUCAUGUUUUAUAUGACGAAAAUUCAUUUAAUGCCGAUAUGCUGCAAACGCUGUCAUAUAAUUUGUGUUACCUGUACGCACGCUGUACUCGUGCUGUAUCACUGGUCCCUCCAGUGUAUUAUGCCCAUUUAGUUUGCAGUCGAGCGAAGUUCCAUUCUCGUGGCGAGCAUUGGAGUGACACUGAAUCUUCAGAAGAAGGCACAGGUGCCGCAUCUACCUUUGGGGUCGUCAAACCCGAAUUACAGAGGGUAAAUUAUAAUUAA